CAACGUUAUAUACAGAGAGAAUUGAAAGCCGCGGAAACUUUGUGUAUUCUUCUUUGAAUUAAGCGCGCCGUAAAGAUAUUAACAAGUCCGUUCGCAUGUGUAAAAAAAUACUACUAUGGUCAACGUCUCUAGUCCAGCUCCUCUCAUGAAUCUUCUUCUAUAUAUAUAUAUAUUUAUCUAUCUCUCUAUCUAUCUAUCUAUCUACUGCCAUAAAAAAGUUCCAAAGAGAAGAUUCUCUAAACCAUAAUCUUUUUCUCCUCUCUCAAAAAGUCCUUCUUCAUCCUCUAUGAAGAGUGACAACGUUACCAAACAUCAAGAGUAUCAACGUGUCUUUAGUCGCUUUGACAAUAGCCAACAAGGCAAGGUUUCCGUUUCUACCAUCCAAAGAUGCGUCGAAGCUAUCAAGUCUGGCAAACGUCCACUUCUGCCUGAAGACGACACCGCCGUUCCAAAUCCUGCGGAAGCGACGACGACCGAUGACAAAUCCUUGCACCUCGAGGAAUUCGUCAGCUUGGUCGAGGAAGGAGACGACGAAGACAAGGAGAAGGACCUCAAGGAAGCUUUCAAGCUGUAUGAAGAGACGACUGAUGGCAUCACACCAAAAAGCUUGAAGAGGAUGCUUAGUUUGUUGGGUGACUCCAAAACUCUCAAGGAUUGCGAGCUUAUGAUUUCUCAAUUCGAUAUUAAUAAGGAUGGGAUUAUUAACUUUGACGAGUUUAGGGUCAUGAUGAUGCAAUGACAUAUACUACUAUUACACAUACAUAUAUAUAUAUAUAUAUAUAUAUAUCUCAUCUUAAUUAUAUUAGUCUACUAUACUAUACUAGUCUUCUUUACCAAAGGCUUGUAUGAACUCUCUGAAAUUAAUGUACUCUCCCUCUCUAUUACUGCUU